GUGGACUCCGGCUGGGGACACUGAGGCUUAUAAAUUGACGGGCGAACCAAAUGCUGCUCAUCAUUUUCCCAGAAACUCCUCAGGCAACGGGACUCAGACAAAACGAGCGACAUGACGUUCUGCAGGCUGCUGGCGGGUCUCCUGCUCUCCUGCGUCUGCACAGCCAACCGUGUGCACACCGCCACCACUGUAAAGACCACUACCAUUGCACAGAACGAAACCGACAUACAGAACGCCACCACCCCGGUCACACCGCCCGAACCCGUCCACGCGCAGCAGCAUACCUACGGCAUUGACCCCAACACCUUCUCCAUGGAUCCCCCGACCACAUCCUCGGACGACCUCCCCUACUUCCAAGACGACUACAUGUUGGCCAUGGGCAACGACACGGGCAACAACCGGCUCCGGUCGGGGCCAAUGGACAUGGGCAUGGAGAUGGAGCCCCCCGGGGACAUCUGCGACUCCAUCCUGCCGGGGGCCCAGGUCCCCUGGAGGUGCUACUGCCGCUUCUGCAAAGGAGGCCAGGGGCCCAAAGGGGACCAGGGCUUCAGAGGGAGUCCCGGGAGCCCGGGGAGGAGAGGCUUGACGGGGUUCAGAGGUCGUCCGGGGUACACGGGCCAGCCAGGCCUGAAGGGUCAGAAGGGAGAUGAUGGAGAGAAAGGCGAUGUGGGACCAGCGGGAAUGUACGGAUCAAAGGGGGGCAGAGGUUUCAAAGGAGACAAAGGGGACGUCGGGUUUGUUGGGCCCCAGGGUGUAAUGGGGCCUCCCGGAGAGGACGGCACCUGCCCUGCGUCAUGUGACAGCGUUGAGGGCCCACCUGGCCACCCUGGACUCCCUGGGAGUGCCGGCGGCAGGGGCCUCCCAGGGCUGAUGGGCCCCAGGGGGCCAAUGGGCCCCGGAGGCCUGAAGGGAGACAUGGGUAUGAAUGGAGCCGACGGGUCCGACGGGAUGAAGGGCAUAAAGGGGGAGGAGGGCCUGUGCGACUGCUCUGACGGAGAACAGGGCCCCCCGGGGCCGCAGGGGCCCAUGGGGACGAAAGGAGAGGGCGGCGUCGACGGCGCUCCCGGGCCCGAGGGCCAGGCCGGACCGCAGGGCGGCGAGGGCCCCAUGGGUUUCACCGGGGCCCCGGGACCCUGCUCCCCGGCCAUCCAGUCGGCGUUCUCCGCCGCCACGGCUUCGUCGUUCCCGCCCCCCAACAGGCCGGUCGCCUUCACCAUGGUGCUCUACAACCAGGGCAACUUCAACCCCGUCAUGGGCAUCUACCGCGCGCCCGUCAACGGCACCUACGUCUUCAGCUACAACCUGGCCGUCAAGGACAAGCCGCUGAUGGUCGGCCUGUACCACAACUUCAGGCCGAUCGUCAGGACCACGGUGACCAGCGACCCGGGCGUGGCGAGCCAGCAGGUGGUGCUCCACCUGAGCCGGGGCGACGAGGUGUGGCUGCUGGUGAAGGACACGGCCACCAACGGGAUGAUCGCCGCCGGCGAGAACAGCAGCACGUUCUCGGGCUUCCUGCUGAACCCCGACAACUGCAUGCUGCCCCCCAUGAUGGGACGGGACGGCGGCGCGGCCAGCUAUGAGGAGACUGCUACGGCCGUGUACAGCUGGGGAUCACUAGCUACAGAGCCCUCCCCCACCACCCCAUAGAACCAGUCAGCCAGCCAGUCAGCCAGCCAGCCAGCCAGCCAGGGGUCGGCCAAGCUCUAGGCUAUGUGCACAAAACAGAAAAUGUGCACCCACGAUUUUGAAUGGGGUUACACACACAGACACACGCGCACACACACAUACACCCACACCCACACCCACUCCCACACACACACGAACAACAACAAGGAAGGCUUAUGAAUAUGUUAAGUGUGUUAGAUCUUUGAGAUGUGUAGCAGUGAUCUUACAAUCAAAGGCCUGAUUGUUUCUAGAAAAUCUAGGUCUCGUGUUUUGAUCUCGCUGGAUCUGAACAUUAAGUCUCUCUUGGAACUUCUUGAGAUAAGCUUUAGGUUAAAUCAUAGCAGACGCAUCCUUUUAGAGUUUCAAAUCAGGUGUGGAAGAGAGAGGCUUGACAAGUAGGAGAACCCGCCUAGUACAGACUCCGCAUCGACGUUAGCCACGCUGUUAAACAUUUAGAUACCAAUAAAUAACUUUCCUUUCCAGGAGAGCUGGAGCACAAUUCUACAGAUCUGAAAUCGCUCCCGAGUUUUUCCAGAGUAAAAUUCUAUUUGAAAUCAUUAAGUGUGGUGAUGUUUAAUUUGCACGUUUCCCACAUGCAGUGCUUUCCCCCCCCGAAAUGUACGCCUGAGCAUAGGUUUCUACCGAGUCGCUGCCUGCAUUUUGAAGCGUCUUAGCCCGAGUCUGGCGUCGUGGUGACGCGCUACGAAGGGAUGCGAAGAGGAGGAGGCUUGUAGUGUAGGCUGGUUAUUCGACGCCGUGCACAGUUUACCACAGAGGCUCCACUGAAGAGGGGGCGUCAGCAAUGCCGGUGAACAAGUCUGCACCUGAGAUGAAGGAAAAGGGUGCUGCCAGUGGGAUGCUUACGCAUGUCUGCCAAGCGCUUACACACUAGAGAGACGUGCUGUGCUGGGACCAGACCCGGUGGGGGGGGGGGCUUGUAUUACAGAUAUAGUUAUUGUGAAUGUGCUUUCUUGUUGUGUUCACGAUGACAAUAUGUAUGAGGGCCCGCCACAGGGGGACGCUGUUUGAGACACGUCGCUAGACAUGCUUCACGCUUUACUUCUUCAAUAACUUCAAUCUGUUUCGAAAAUAAAUUAAAACUGAAACUUCAAA